ACUACACUACCAUACACUUCCUCACUCUUGGCUCUAUGAAGAUCAGAACUUUGUGAAACUGGAUAACACUGGCUUUCUUUACGGGUGUGCGAUCUUUUUCCUCUGAGGAACUGAGGUAGACUGUUUUCAGAAUAUAACCUAUACUGUUUAAUACACAAAGUGUGGCUUUGUUGUAAGAGCCUCCAAAUGGAAAGAAAAGCUUUGGCUCUGAAGAGGAUGAUUGAGAAACAUUCUCCUAAAAAGGAGAACCUGGACCCUCGAAAGUGGAUAAGACCGGAGACUGUGAGGGGAUUCAGUGACUUUGCACUGAACAAGCAUUCAAACAAAGAGACGGACAACAGUUUUGAUGACGUAGAGAUGUUGCUUGAGGCUGAGAAGGAGUUUAUUGAAGCAGCUAAGAGGAACGAUGUGGAGACCAUGACGGAUCUUGGAAAAGGGUUAAACGCCAACGUAAAGAAUGUGCAAAAUAGGACUGCCCUUCACUUUGCAGUAGCUUGCACAAACAAAGAAGCUGUUAAGCUGCUGUUACAGCGAAGGGUCAAAGUGGACCAAAAGGACAAGUACGGCGUAGCACCCAUUCAUUUGGCUGCCUGGUUUGGCAGUUUGGACAUCCUGAAAUUAUUAGUGCAGGCUGGAGCAGAACAGAAGGCUGAGAACGAGGAAGGACUCAAUAUUUUGCACUGUGCUGCCAUCAACAACCAUACUGAAAUUGUAGACUACAUUGUAAAUGACCUGCAGAUGAAAGAACUUGACAAGGAUGACCUGUCAGGGCACCGAGCAUUUGCACUGGCAGCAGAACACGGGUGUGUUAAGAUGUUACAGGUGCUCAUGGAGCCAUACAAAAUGGCCACCAUGAAGCCCAACAAGAGAGGGGACACGCCCCUGCACUUAGCUGCCAGGAACGGCCACUUGGAUGUCGUCCAACUGCUGCUGCAGAGCUUUGAUACUCGGGAUGAAGUCAAUAUGGAUGGUGAGACCGCUCUGUACCAGGCUGCAGACCACGGUCAGGAAGAAUGUGCUCAGGUCCUGCUGGAGGCCGGUUGUGACCCCAACAUACUCACAGUGGCCAAAUGCAGCGCUCUCCAUACAGUUGCAGAAAAAGGAGACGCAGCUCUUGUUCAAGUUCUCUUACAGUACAAUGCCCAGGCGGACUUUCAAAAUCAGGAUCUAGAGACACCUCUCCACCUGGCAGUGAAGAACAGUCACAUCCCUGUUAUCUACUACCUAUUGGAGGCUGGCUGCAAUAUCAAUGCCACAGAUAAGAGGUCCCAGACAGCUAUGCACAUUGCUGCUGAGACUGCCAAAGCUGAGGUUGUGGAAAUGCUUCUUAAAGCUGGGCCUGAUCUAACAGUCAAGGACCGGCAGGGUAAGACUGCUCUGGGUGUUGCAGCCAGAGCAAAUGAGGUAAACAUUGUGGACAUGAUCAUCAAAGCAGAACGAUACUAUGACCAGAAAAAGGCUAACCCUGAGCUUAAUGAGAUUGUUCGCACCGAGCAUGCACUGACGUUCAAAUUUGACCGCCGCAGUGAGAACAAGGAGCUGUAUUCGAUGGCCUGGCGCCUGGCGUACAAGCUGCUGAAACCAGGAGACUGGAAAAGACUGGCAAAACACUGGGACUUUACUCAGGAGCAAGUGUCUGCCAUCGAGGAGCAGUGGACAGGUCAGCACAGCUAUCAAGAGCAUGGGAACAGAAUGCUGCUGAUCUGGCUUCAUGGGGAGGAACUGGCUCUGAAGGCCCCUGCUAAAGACCUCUACCAGAGCCUCAUCUGCACUGGGAACACGAAAGCUGCAGAUAAGAUUCGACUGGAGGCAGAGCAAGUCAGCAGUAAAAGAUGCACCAUUUCAUGAAGAGGAACACUGCAGUAUUUACACUGUUGGCAUCACUGUCAACGAAGCAUCUCUACAGGACGUCUGCAGUGAAAUAAUUUAUUUUAAAAAUAACGUUGUGCGUCACACCAUUAGCAUAUAGCUUUGGUUUCGUCAAGUAAACAACAUGUGCUGUUGGAUGGUCGCCUUGCGGUACACUUCAGUACACCGUUAUCUGUGCAUAAUUUAAAGCAAAGUAAUAAAUGUUCAUUUUGGAAUUCUCUGAA